GUUUUCUUCACGGAUCUCUGGAGGAAGCACGCAAGCAAUGAGAUCACAUCCUCGCAUUCUCGCAUUGCAGCUGCCAGCGAGUCGAGCGUACUAGUUUAUAACUCAACUCCAUCUCUGAUUCUCGUCACACGCGCAACCCUUUAGUUGCGAAAUAUAAACGCUUUCAUUUUAUAUUUCACACGGAGAUUAUAGUCCAGUACAUUGUGGCUAUGGAAUACGGUUUCACUUAGAUAGAAAUUCCCCCCAUUCUUGGAGGGUUCGCACAUUUUAUUGUUGAUCUCGUGUUUGAUCUUUCUCCGUCGCUAUUUAGCCUACGAAGCCGAGUGCAAUGUGGGCCAGGAACGAUUUUGAGGAUGGCUUCGACGCUUAUAAAAUAGGUUCCAGCACAUCCUCACCUGGAUGGGUCCCAGGCUGUGACUCAGCAUGGCAAGCGUCCUCUUCCGCCGCUGGCAUUAGCAGCCGCGGGCGACGUCACAGCGCUGCCUCGGACAGUGGAGACACAGGCAUCGGAACCUCAUGUUCUGACAGCAUAGAAGAUCACUCCAGCUCCAGUGCCACGUUGUCCUUCCAACCUCUGCGCUCCCAAAGUUCGAUCCCGACGGCCCAUGUCAUGCCCUCUCCCUCCAGCUCCAAGCUGAGAGCACCAUCCACCCCGACUAGCCCCUGGAGCAGCUGCCAGCUCCCUUCUUCCCAUGACAUUCCCCUAGACAUGAAAGACCCCCGACCGGUCCGCCGAUGGUCCUCCCUCACCCGCCUCACCGGCCAGGAGAAGGCCACCCCUUCCGGGAGACCGUCGUACCGUACGGACCCUCACGGUUCCCUGGAUCGGGGUGUGCUAUACGGCUGCCGACAAGACCCUCUGUAUUCAGAUGGCUUCCUGUCUUCCCUGGGCCUACACAAACUUUCCUCCAACUCUGACUAUUCACAUAAGUACGAGCUGGGCAGCAGUAACACUCUUGGUAAAACGGACUCGACUUGCUCCUCUCCGCUCAAGCCCAGCACGUUAGACCUCACCUACAGUGCCUUACCAGAGAGCAAGACCCCCACGAGUGGUCUGGUGGGGUCUGGGCAGAGGGGUCCCACACUCAGGCACCAGGCUGUGGGAGGGUCACCCAUCCAACCAGCUGUACGAACUCAGAUGUGGUUGAGUGAGCAGAUGGAGUAUCGGCCAGGACCAGAGGGAUGUGGGAUCGGAUCGUGGCAACAGGAACAGCAACAACGAGAACAACUACGACAAGAAGCAGAACUUCCACAGAUGAUGAGUGGAACGUCUCUCCCUGUCAAUACCCUUGUAAAGAUUAAGGAGGGACUCCUGAGGCAACGUGAACUGGAGAUUGACCGGCAAAAGCAACAAAUCCUUCAGCUUCAUGCCAGGAUCAGGGAAAAUGAGUUAAGGGCGCAACAAGUCCUCCAGAACCAGAAAGGGUGCUCUGACGACUCACUUCUGCUCAAAGCCAAGGAUUCUCCAUACGACAAUCCAGUACCCAGCCAGAGCCUGAAGUGUCAGCUGCCUGAGCGGGUGAGACCACUAUGCUGUGAGAAUGGAGAGCUUGGGCAUAAAUUAGCUACGGCAGAGCUGGAGGUCAUCCAUCUCAGCGAAUUCCUGAAACAGAACACACAAAAAUACACUGAAGACAUCAAGAAACUGGAGGAGAAGAUGAAAACACGUGACCGCUACAUCAGCAGUCUAAAGAAGAAGUGCCAGCGUGAGCAGGAGCAGAAUCAAGAGAAGCAGCAGCGCAUAGAGACACUGGAGAAAUACCUGGCAGACCUGCCCUCACUGGAUGAGGUCCAGACGCAAGCUCAGCAGUUGGAGGAGGUGCAGGAGAAGGCCCGGGCAUUGAAGGACACUGUAGCCCAGCUGGAGAAAAGCCUGGAGGAGAACCGAGCCCUGCUGCAAGAGAAAGAUGCCAUCAUAGAGACCCAGUCCAAGCGGGAGACAGAGCUUGUGGCUGCUGUACAGAGCCUGCAAGAGAAAGUGGAGAAGUGUUUAGAGGACGGUGUACGGCUGCCCAUGCUGGACCUGAAGCAGCUGGAGAGAGAAAACACUCGCCUGCUUGGACAACAGAACCAGAACAGCAUGCUGAUUGACAAUCAAAAGCAGCAAAUUGACAAACUCACUCUAGAGCUGUCGGCCCUGGAAAAGAGGUUACAGAGGGAGAGGGGGAUCACUCAGGAGCUUCGCAAACAGCUCUCGGAACGCGAGGAGGAACUUGAGGCCCUCUCCACAACCCUUCAGCAGAACCAAAGACGGACAGAUGAGGAUACGUUUAAUGUGGCCCCUGGGUCGUGUCUUAAGGAGGCUGGGCCCCUAUUAAAAGAGAUGUCCUUGUGUCUGCUGGAUCUGAAGGGCCUGUGCAGUGUUCUCACCCAGAGAGCUCAAGGCAAAGAACCCAACCUGGCCCUGCUCCUUGGCAUCAAAUCUAUGAGCUGCUCAGCAGAGGAGAAUGAGAAGCCACUAAUGGAGGACGGCUUGCGGGCCAAGCUGGUGGAGGUGUGCCAGUUACGGAAAGACAUUGAUGACUUGCGUACAGUCAUCUCGGACCGCUACGCACAGGACAUGGGUGACAACUGUGUGACACAAUGAGGCCUGACUAGAAGGCCUGUCCAUGUAUCUCCAGGGGCUUCCAUUUCUACCUUGCAGGAUUUGAGGACAGACGGCAUUCCCAUUUAGUAAAAGGGAAAUAAUAAUAAUAAAGCCAACUUGAUAAAAAAAAAAAUAAAAAAAAAACUUGACAACUAGAGCUCUUUCUGACUACUUCAGGUUGGACCAAGCUGUGAAUCCAGUUUACAAGGACAUCUUUGCAACAGUUGUUUGUUUUUCAUUGGAACAUUGAAGCUUUAAUGAAUUGUAAUGUUUUGUGUGUGUGUGUUUUUUUUAAACAUAUUUAUUUUGACCAUGCUGGUCAUCCUUGUGUUCAAUAGCGAGUUCCUCACACUGUUCUUGAUGGAAGUCAGAUCAGUGGGAAGAGUCAUCUUUGAAAGAAAGUGGGGCAACUGGUAUUUUCUAAAGUGCCUUGUGAUGUUUAUGCUCUUCUGCAUACCUCCGAACUUCAUAGUCAAAUGCAAGUCAAUUUUACCCAAAGAAGCUGGCACAUCCGCUCCACUGUAGCUACAGUGCAGGUCGACAUUCCCAAGUGGACCCUUGAUAUUGGAAAAUCAACAGGAAAAACAGCAGUUAAAAGGGUCCUUCAACCCAAUCACUCUUUAAUGUUAGGUUUUAUCUCAAUUUUGUGCAUCUAGUGUGUUAUUUGUGUGGUUGGUAUUUUAAGUUUUGGUCAGGGUGAUAUGGACAAUUUGGGCUUCCAUAAAACUGGAUUAAAUGUUUCAUUUAAAAAUAAAUGGCUGCAAAAGAAUCCAGGUUAAUCUAUUCAGGACACCCGUUUAACCAUUUUAAUUAGAGUAAAAUAUGUGCUUAUUUUUUAGUCGCUGAGAAAUGCUGCGACGCAUCUCAAAACAAGUCGCACACGUUGAGCUCCAAAGUCAGACAUGAAACCGAAUGUUCUGCAGAUGUAAAGCUCCUGUGACCUCCUGAACAUGCUUAAACACACUCAUGAGAUUUGAUGUACUCUUGAUAAUAAAUGUAUUCCUUGUUACAAUUAGGGAUAUGUAAGAAACCAAUGCAAAACUGGUUUACUCAGGUAUUUUAAGGAUUACAUUUUUCAUUUGUUGAGAUUUGUUUCAGAAGGAAUUUUAACUCUUUGCUGUGUGGUUUAAGUGUUAGUAAUAUAAUUUUGAAUUUUUAUUAAGUCCAGAGAUGCGGUCAUGUCAACCUUUAAGUAUUUGCACCAAGGUGACGAAUGUUUGAUAUUUGCAAAAUGUCUUUGUUCUACUUAUAUAUCUCGACUGUAAUAUUAUCAUUGAAUUCAAAGUGUAUUUAGCAUGUUUUGAAUUUCAAAAAGGGGUCAUAAUGUGCUCAUAGUAUCUUGUGCAUGUACAUAUAUUUUUUUUUUUUAUCCACUGAUGUUAAAAAGGAACUUCGAAUGGAAUAGAUAAGUAAAAACGUAAUUAAAUGAAUACUGCACUAUGCAACCUCACGUUAACCAGCAUUUAUUACACAUUUCUGCGGAUAAGUUGUUAUUCUGUGCCUUUAUAAAUCGAUGCAACAGAACUACAGUACGAACGUCUUUUGAAGGCCAUUUUUCAAAACUGGCAGAGACUUUUUCACUGAGAACUUUUUCAUAAAGGUGCAGGCAAGCUAAGCCAUAUCCACAAGCAAUGCAUAUUUAUUCUCAGGCAGAGAGAUGCUAGUAACCUGAGGGAGAACGUAUGUGGGGCUCUUCCUUGUGCAUUACAUUAUAUGGUGUGAUAUCUGAUAGCAUGCUGAAUCGUGUAGUGUUUGUGCUGCAAAAGCAUUGAUUGACAUGACCGACUCCCUGUGCACUGUGGACUGAAAGCCACUGGCUGGCUUUACUCUGUUUGAAUAUGUCAUUGGUCUUUUAGAUUUAAAGCUUUUAGUUUUCCAGUUAGAUUUUACAAAUGCCAAAGUUCUAUUUAUGUAAAAAUUCUCUCAAAAGUAUUACCUAUUUUUCCAAUUUGUAAUUUUUUUUUUUUUUUUGUACAAAUGUUAAAUAAAGUAUUUUUCUAUA